AUGUUUUCCCACUGUGCUGACCUCUACUCUUCCCUUCCUGUUCCGUCCCUCUGCAUAGGUGUGUUCAAGGAGUCUUUCGCCAAAUUCACCGUCGACGCCAAACCCAUCGAUCCAACCGGUCGGGGUACUGUGAAGGCCAUUGUG